AUGGGGUUUGCUACAGCCUGCGGUGCUUCUGGGUUCGCUACAGCCUCUGCUGCUCCUGGGUUCGCUAUAGCCUGCGGAGCUCCUGGUUUCGCUGCAGUGUGUUAUGUUCCCGGUUCAGCUGAAGCAGCCCCGCCUGCUGCUUCUAUUGCGUCCGCGCCUGCAUCCGCGCCUGCAUCCGCGCCUGCAUCCGCGCCUGCAUCCGCACCUGCAUCUGCGCCCGGAUCUGCGCCCUCUCCCGCGCCCGCAUCCGCGCCCGCAUCCGCGCCCGCUCCCGCGCCCGCAUCCGCGCCUGUACUCGCCGGCAUGCCGACUGCUGCCUCUUCCCCCGACUUCCAAGCUCCCCACAACGGGCGGGGGAAUAGCGGGAUGGGCUUGCUGAGUGUGCCUAAUGUCAGGCGUGAUAGUAAAGAGAGCCUGCAGCUGUUUAAUGUGCCGUCUCAACUCCCCCCUGCUUACCAUCCGUCCUACUCACAUAGACUGCAGGUUCAAGCCUUCCCCCUCCUUACCCAUGUGUCCCUCGUUCGCCCAACCUUCCAACCACGACUCGUCCCUAUCCCAGUCAACCCAUCCCAAAUACUCUUCUCACCAAUAACCCUUUCCCGGGUCAAGCCGUCCCCAGUAACCCCCUCCCCAGUAACCCCCUCCCCAGUAACCCCCUCCCCAGUAACCCUCUCCUCAGUCAUCCCUUCUCCCACUCCCACCUUCCCAGCACCCUAUCAUCAAGUAAUUCAGCUCCCAAUAUUCCUCUCUCGCAGAGCCUCUACCCAAUAA